CCCAUCCAUCCUCACAUAUUCAAGGACGCAAAAACAUAGAGAAACCAUACCACACCACAUGAUAUGCAAUGGCAUCGCGACAUGCACGUACGUAGCAAGCUACCUACCCAGCUACCUACCAGCCUCAAUUAUCAUCGCUUCUCUUCUCGCCUUAUCUCUUAUCUCAACCUUCCCUCAAAUUGUCCUCUUCGAUCUUUGGUGUGUGCCACCGGCCAGCAAACGCAAACCUAUCAACAGAGUGCAUCAAUCAGUGUACGAAGCCACACAAACCCCGUACGCGUGUGUGUGUGUGUGCGUGCAUGCAGAACAGACAGACAGUCAGACAGACGUUCCGUAUCUCUCGCUCGCUCUCACACACUGCGAUAUGAACAUAUACGGAUGUGCGCUGACGCGCACUCGUCAAUCGAUUCAAUCAUCCAUCAAUUCACACAUGGUUCUCUUCUGCCUUGAGCAAAGAAAACCACACUCACGAGACGGCACCGCACGCACGGCAAGUGCCCGCCUCUGGUUGGGUCGCUCUCGCUCUCAGAUCAUACCAUCGGUAAGAAGGGGAAGCAGCAAGGGGAGAGGGAAGACAGCAAGACAGGUAGGCCAGUGGACACAACAGACAGACAGACAGACAGACAAGACAGACAGAUCAACUGCGACGCAUUUAAGAUGAAUGUGUGAACCCCCCUCUCUCUAGCAGUGACGUGUGCAUGUCCACAGUGACGUGUGCAUGUCCACACCAUCGCAUGGCUGAUCUACUCUUCAAUCACCUCGCGUAAGUGUCCCCCUGCACGUUGACAGCAUGCUGGGAGACACUUGCGUGACGGCGUCGAAGGGCACAUCAUCCACAGAGAUGCAGUACAUAACGACACCAUACGGGACACAUCGAUCGCGACGAAAGCAGGUGACGGUCGAGAGCCGAUCGGCAUCGUCUCCUCUGCCCUGCGUGCCGGUGCUGGCGGCCCACUCAGGCUGGCAAUGCCAAGCGAGCCGACAACACCAACGCAGAAGUGAGAGAGGCACAAUGGUCUGAUCGGGACUCACACCGGCGGUCAACCUCCCCACUGUAGCUCGGCUGUCAUGACGCCUCUCUCCCCCUCUCCUUCAUCCCCUCCCUCCCUCUAGUCUGCCUUGGUAACGCGUAGGUGAAAAAUCCCAUGCAAUUGUGCUGCAUUGGUUGUACGUGGGUGUAUGUGUGCGUGAGGUGGGGGCGUGUGUGCGCCGGGAUGACAAAUAGCUGUAUGAACCGUGGAUGUGAAUCGUUGGUUGAGUCAGUCGGUCAUCAGUGAGUGAGUGUAGUCAGUCAAGUACACUUGCACCAGACAGACAGACAGUCAGACAGACAGACCUACCCACGUCCUAAGAGUAAGAAGAGUACGGCCCAUCACCCUCUCUCUCUCUCCCUCUCUCUCUCUGUCAGGCACACAGACAGACGCACACACAGUCAGCCAGACAGACAGGCAGGCAGGCAGGCAGGCACAGAGAGAGGGGAAGGUAGGAUUCACUGCGCAAGAUGGUAGGAGAGGAGUGUAGUAGAGGGUGGAUGGAUGGAUCGAGGGGGAGAGAGGAAGGACCCCAGGCAGCCAGCAACACCACAUAAUCUACAUCUCACCAACAGCACCACCAGACGCACACCCAGAUCGACAUCACGUACACACACGUAUGCAGGAGCGUUAGGUAUGGACUGGACCACCACAAAACCUCCACCUAUCCUAUCUAUCCAUCCGUAUAUCGCACUUCGAUCAAGCAGGCAGGCAGGUACUGUAGCGCUGACUGACUGAGGAAAGGCAUCUGGUCAAUGGCGACCACUGCCCACAAUUCCCUCCUCAUCCCUUACCCUAACCAGCAUGACAACACAUCACAUCACAUCACAUCACAUCACAUGAGCAUUAGGCAAGUAAGUUUUCCCUCCCUCGCUCUCUCCCAUGUCUCUCGUCUGUCCGUUCUCUUUCAGAGAAGCUCCCUCUCUCUCUCUCUGCCCCUCUCUCUCUGCCCCUCUCUGUUCUGUAAACAUCGAUUCAUGUCAUGUAUUGUAUGGGCCACAACAGCCGAGAAAAAGAAGGCACGCACACCACACACAUGAACGGCACGACACACGAAGAGGCGAUGCGAAGAAGAAACACAGCAGCUCCCCACAACUGAGGGCAAAAAAGGGUGGCCAACGACGAUCGCAUAAAUCAGCCAUACCAUACAUCCAUAGAUAGAGAUAGAGAUUGAGAUAGUUACCGCACCACGCUCACCAUCCCUACCCUCCCGCCCAGCCCCAUGCCACCGCCCGAUCCCGUCCGUAUUCACAAUCCAGCAAGGGAGAAAAAUCACAUCUGAACACACAUACAUUGUGCUCUCGCAUCAUCCACCAUGCACCCAUCCACCCACGCAUUCACCGAGCAUCUCUCGCCCCUCCCUCCCUCCCUCCAUCCAGCCAUCCAGCCAUCCAUGUGUGUGUAGCUAAUGUCACUCCUGGUAUGAGAUCAGCGCCGCUAGGUUCGCCAGCUGCGGCGUCACCAGCUGAGCCAUCUCGAUGAUCGACCUGGCCACACACACACACACGCACACACACACACAGACACAGACACACGCAGCAGACAGACAGACCAUGGGCAUCACAAAACACGAGAACCGAUGCCAAUGCAGCACCGUGCACCAUUCCACUCACCUAGGGUUGCCCUUGAGCCGCUCCAUGAUGGGGUGCUGCAUCAGCCGGUCCAUCGCCUCGUCCCUCCCCAGCACGCCACCCUCCCCUCCACCACUGCCCGAUGACCCGCCGCGGCCACUCACAUCCCGCACGCACAGCGGCCGGCCCACCCGUCGCAGGAAAAGGUCCGCCGACGCCGCCCUGUCCAGGGGCAUCAGCUCCUGGGACACCACUUUGACCUUGCCCUCGCUUAUCAGCUGAAUGGGCUUUCUGCUCGUGUCGUCGGAUGGCCCAUCAGUGUUGUUGGGGAGGGUGGAGGCCUUGUGGUGUGGGAGAGGGGGGUAGUUGGGUCGGGUGGAGAGGGAGCAGGUUCGGGCGGAGACGACGAUGUGCAGGCCCUCGAGGCCCUCGGUCAUGUGUGGGUGGAGGUCGUGGUUGAGGACGCUGUGCACGUCGCCCAGGAGCAGCUGCGUGAGCACCGCCUGGAGCCCGCCGGCCUUCAGGAAAUCGUCCACCCCAUCCAACACCAGCAGGCAACGACCUGCCAACACCACACACACAGAGAGGACACAGACACGUGUUGCCGGAGACAACCUUCCUUUCCUCUCUCUGUCUCACCUUUUCGCAGCCGCUCGGUGAGCACACGGACCGUCUCGCGCCACCGCCAUCCCUCCAGAUCGACGUUGCUCUCGCCUUCAUCGCUCACGAAGCUGCCGCCCUCCACAGUGUGUUCAGACGCAGCCCUAUCACGCGCCGACGAUGCGUGCUUGAUGCGACGAUGGCCAGGCGGGAACUGAGGCACCUCCAGCACUGAUGAACCGAACACAGAGAGAGGGAGAUGCCAUGUGAGACGUGUCUGUGUGUCUGUGUGUCUGUGUGGUGUGUGGUUGCUGUCCCUUGUGCGCACCUGUUGCUAGAAGGUUGUGUAUAAUGUUGGUGGUCUCCUUGACCACUCUAUACCCGCAUGACGACCCCUCCACGCUCAGCGGCAGGUUGCUCAACGGCGCCAGGCGCAGGAAAAUGACGCCCCCGGGGAAGAUCUCCUCCCCCCGCAACGCGCAGUACCGACUCACCUCCUCACACACAGCCGUCUUGCCCACCCCCUCCUCGCCAUGCAGCAGCACCAGCCGCCUCCGGUCCAGCAGCUGCAAAACCACCCACACGUCCAAGGUGCGGCCCACGAAAUCCUCUGGGGGCUGGGGGAGGUGCCGCUUGACGAAGCAUGACACCCUGCGAGCUGGCUUCCGCCUUUCUGUCCCAGUGACGGAGGGGGCUGGCUCGGUGCUGACGGAUCGCUGGAUGCCGAACAGGCGCGACAUGAGCGACGGUUGCUGGGCUGAUGUGGGUGUGGGGGCAGGGGUAGGGAGUGUGGUUGCUGGGAUGGAGUGAGCUUGGUCGUCGGGCGUGCUGCCAAAGCCGAUCCACCCGAACACGAUGGGCAGCUGGCGAAUGACCUGCAGACACAUGCAUGCAUCAGACACACUCAUCCAUGCCUCUCUCUCUCUCUCUCCCUCUCCGUCUCUCACCGGGCAUCUGCUCUGCUGCCAUCUCUGCAGCAGCGGGCUCGAAGCAAGGUGCGGCAGCACAAUGCUGGGAUGGCCACUUGGCAGCGCCAUCAGAGACGGCGGCAGUGACAGCGACAGACCACCGCUGCCACCGGGCGAGCACGGCACCGACGAGCACACCGGUCCCGGCCCCCCUGGUGACUCGCCUGACGUCAUACGUGGAGGUUUGCUCCGCUCGCACAGCCAGGUGUUGUUGUUGUGUGUGGAGUGCUGUGAUUGGCCGGAGGGGGAGGGCGGCGAGAGGGAUGGCGGGCGUGGGUCGUCGCGCGGGCGUGGCUUGCUGUUGCUGCUGCUUGCCGAUGGACACAGCACCUGAGACACACACACACACACACACACACAUGCAGAGGAACAGAGAGACGCCCUUACUCUAAUCUGACCUGUGAGUGGUUGCCGUCAUGUGGGAGCAGCACGAAGCUCUCUGCGUCUGUGUUGUAGUUGUGCGGCGCCGACUGCACGGCCGCCCUGCCCAGCAUGUAGGCCACGCCCACGUCCUUUCCGGACGCAAGGGCCAGGUAGAAACCCGCCGUGAACUGACGAGCCGCCUGGUCCUGCGCAAAGCAGAGAGAAUGCAAUGCAGCCACAUGGAUGAUGCACCCAGCCCAGAAGGAUGUGUGUGGGGGAGAGGCGGAGAGGGGUUGACCUACCUGUACGGUGUUGCUGACACAGAUGACGUGUGGGAUGCCGGCGGACGCGAUGGCCACACCGAUCUCAUAAGAAUGACAACAGUUCAAAAACACCAACCUGUCGGCCGACACACAGACAGACACACGUCAGCCAUGAGCAAAGCAAACACAUACCCCCCCUCUCUCUCUGUGUGUGUAGGUGCUCACUGCACAUCUGACGAGCAGCCCUCAGCGUUAUCCGUAUCGUCGACCGACGAGGCACCGCUGUACACGGCCUCCAGCAGAGUCCGGAAGAAAGCAGGCGUCGCCACGUGCGCCGACCCCCUGACAAACCAAACCCCGCCACGCAGAGACACAAGCGACAGACAGAGAUUGCACGUGUGCAUCGAGUGCGUCAUGGCCCUUGUAUGGGGACAGUACCUGCCGUCUUCGAAGGCGAGGCCACCCUCAAGCCCGUGUGCGGACAGGUGCAGCAGCUGCCCGCCGCCGAGCGUCAGCAAGGACCGCAGCGCAGCCGUGGUCGCAACACUUGCCUGAGCGAUCCCAUCCACACAACCAACACACGAGACACACACACAGAAUGAAUGAAUGGGCAACCCGCUGUGAGACGUGCUGUGCGUCUGGGCGUGUACCUCGAUAGCGACGUCGCUCCUGCCUGCGGUCUGGAAGGCGUGUUCGAGAGUGCGGAGCUCCUCGUACCAGUCGAGCGGGGGAAGCGGGCACAGCUGACCGUCCGGGCCGCACAUCGUCAGCGGCGAGGCAAAGAGAAACUUCACACUCAUCCUGUCACACACACACACACACACACACAUACAGAGAUGACAGAACCAUCCAAACAUGUCUUUGUCCAUCUUCCGGCGGCCAGCUUACGCGUCGUCCGCUGCCUCGUUCUCGCUCGCGUCAUCCUCCUCCUCCCACUCGUCAUGGUCAUGCUCAUCGCCAGCAUCGACCGACGGCCGGUACACCUCCGUCUCGAAGCUGCCGUGCGUCCCAUCCGAGAGAAAUGAGUCAAACAGGCCGCCCAGGAAGGGCGCGUUGCGCGAUGAUGAGCCGCUCGACGCCUCGUCGGGGUGGCAUGGCGAUGGCGAUGAUGACGACCGGCGAGUGCCGCCGCAGCCGGCGAAGUGCAGCAGCUGGUCGAUCUCUGAGGGCUCUGCUGUGUGCUGGGGGGUGGGUGUGGCCACUGAUGGGGGGGGCGGCAUGGGGCUGAACGAGGAAGGGUGCCUGUGAGAGGUGAAAACGGCCGGCAGGGAUGUGUAGGUAGUUGUCUGUGUGUGUGUGUGUGUGUGUGUGUACUGGUAGGUACCAUCCUGUGUCGUCUUCGGAAAGAGUGCGGUCGACGUCUGGCUCGCUCGGCACAUACGAUGUGGACAAAUUGCCCACCACAGUCAAACCAGACCUGACAACAGCAACAACAACAGCAACACACACACUCACACACACAGAUGCACACAAGACGCCACACGUCCUUUCUCACCAGCUGGACUCUUCGCUGGCGGUUCUGAACCUUACGGCAGCCCUGCCGGCCUCAUACCCAUCCCUCUCGCCAUGGUGAUCCGACGGGCAGUAGGGAGUGGUCAUGACCUCACUCGCAUACUCGCGCUGCUCGUCCACCACCGGCAAAUGAGACGACACCGACCGCUCACGACAGCUGUCGUGAUGAGGAUGGUGCUGGUGCUGGUGGUGGUCAUCGCUUCUCGGCGACGAGAAGCGGCGGAAGGACAGCCACCUCGACAGAGAGAACGGCCGGCUCUCGUCAGCUUCGCCGCCAUUGGCAUUGGCGUCAGUGGCAUCGUCGUGAGGCACACUUGCUGAGCGAGAAAGGGUGGGCGAGUGAGGGCUGCUGGGCGAUGGGGGUGACUGUGGCGCUGAGGGGAUCAUGCGCUGGUGCGAGGGGUCGGUAGAUGGGCUGUACAGGGCUUCCCCGCCAAGCAGGUCACUCAACAUCUGACACGAGACACACACACAGAAAGGCGUGAGUGAGAGGUGCAACCGCGACAGGACGUCUCACGACCAGUGCAGGCAGCCUCAGUGAGACCAUCACCCACAGCUACCCCGCCCCCCUCUCCUCCCCACCCCGUCCCACCUGCAGGCAGGAAGACGUCCGCUGCGACACGGGUGCGUCCCUCCUGAGCAUCGAGGUGCAUGGCGGGUCAGGGGUAGUCGCGCGGCAGCUGGAGGACGACCGCUCCAUCGAGGGCGUCUUGCGGGCCAGACUCAUGGUGCAGGGGUGGUCAGAGGGGGUGUUCACGAAGGGGAGGGUGUGUGCGUCAUUGACACGGCAUCUUGGCAAAGAUCUGUCGAUAAAGCCGUGGCACGUGCAUGGCCCUGGCAGACCCUGCACAUCCUGGGCCUCCUGGAAGGGCGGCAACUCAACUUAUGCUUCGA